CAGAAUUGUGGAGAGAGCAGUGAAUUAUCACCAUAGCAGAGCAGUCCCAUUAAUAGUUUAAUUACGAAUUUAUAUCGCAAGGAGUGCACCGUUGGUGAUCUGUGAAUGUUCUGCAUGGUGCGUGGCAUCUGCACGACAAAUGAUUGUGGCCUGCGGAGGUGAAGAGUGAGUGGAAGACAUCUGCAACAGCGUGAACAUACACAUCCCCCAUAGUGGCGACCCAUCCAAAAUGACACACAUGGAGGAAUUUCUCAGCAACAUUUCUGAGACAGAGUCGAGAUACUUUGCUGAUAUCUUUUUGUGCUGUGAUGUGGAGAAGACAGGAAAGGUGCCAAUACUGAAGGCGACGGAAUUGUUUCGAUCGGCAAAUUUGUCAAACGAUAUAAUUAGGCAGAUUCUACAGCUGGCCACGAUACCCCAGUCUGCCCUGUUUGUCACUCGCAAGCAGUUCUACUCCUGCCUGAAGCUGAUAGCAGCCCACCAGGCCGCGGUGCCUCUGCGUGCGGAUGUGAUUCCCACGUCGACAGCCCUGCCUCUGCCGCGAUUCAGCUGGCGCGACUCCCCGACCAGUUUAGUGCCGGCGGACACGACGAAUGGUGACACGACUGAGGCGCAGUGGAUCGAAGUGCACAGCCCCAACCUGAUCCAGCUGUCCAACAACUCUGACACCCUGGCAGAGGCCGUGAACUCCGAUCUGCACAGCACAGACAGUGAAAUUGAGCACAAUGACACGGAGCGCACGGGGGAGAGGGACAAGAGACGCCCUCGAGAUGGAUCACCCGAAGCCUGGAGCACGGCCAGUGAUAGUCCGACGCCCACGAAUAGUGUGGCAGAGCGUCCCUGGGCCAAGGGCAAUCUGUGGCACGGAUUGCUGUGCGAGGAGCAGAGACAGCUGCUGGCCACCGAAGAGGAGUCCUCGGAUCGACACAGCAGCGACGAUGAGGUGGAUCUGGAGUCUGUGUUUCAAAUCACACCGGAACAGCGGGAGUACUACAAUAAGCAAUUCCGCACUGUUCAGCCCGAUCCCAAUGGACUGCUCUCCGGACCUGUGGCCAAGAUGUUCUUUGAGAAGUCGCGCAUUCCCGUGGAGGAGCUUCGGCGCAUUUGGCAGCUGUGCGAUGUGACCAGAGACGGAGCGCUGAGCUUGGAGGAGUUCACAGCGGCCAUGCAUCUCGUCGUGUUGAGGAAGAACAGCAUUCCUCUGCCGCAGCACUUGCCGCCGUGUCUCCUGCCUGGCGGCGGCGCAGCGACUGCGGGCGUCGGUGAGAACAGCACUCAGGCCAUCAAUCAGCCGAACGCGCCGAAGAAUCCUCCAGAGGCGGAUCUUCUGCAUCUCAAUGACGACGAUGGCGAGGGUGAGGAUGACGACGAGGCGGACGGCUCGACUGUUGGUCCCAAUUCUCUGGUCACAGUUGUCGGCGGGCCGUCGCCCAGUCUGAAGGCCUCGAGCACGGGCGGGCGAUCAAUCUCGAAUUCUCCUCAGGCAGUGGCGCAAGUGACGCCGCCACUGCCACCGAAGCCAGUGAAGUCAGUGGAGAAGGAGUGGAACUCGGCUCCUGCUCCGCCACAGCCCACGAGUCGCGAGUGGAAUGUGACGAACAACCGUGAGUGGACGAAAUUCAACGAGUCACCGACAUCCAAUGUCUCCAGUCCGGGACUGAAGCCUGUGAACUUCGACAUGCAGCGCACGGCGCAGGCGGUGGUGUCUGAUCCGCAGAUUCUGCACCCAGUGGCACUCAGAGUGACUCCUGUGGGCGGAAGCGAUCCCGUGGACGACGGUGAGGUGAUGCGUCGGAGUUUGGUGUAUGAGAAUAACGAGCGCGAGACGAGCCCGAAGCAGACGGAGAAAUCUCGAGAGUCUAUACAGAGUGAUCUGAGACCCAUUCAGCGGCCGCAGCCGAAGAAGUUGCCGGCUAAGGGUGCUGGGGCCAUUCCGCCGCCACCGCAGCGCGAGGCGAGCUUGUCCUUCGAUCAGAAUGAGCAGCCCACCAAUGGGGCGGUCAGCACAAAGAAGGAUCCUCCGCCGCUGCCACCUCCGAGGCCUCAUCGUCACGCCAGGAGCAGUAGUUUGGACUUGAACAAGCUCAAGCUGGGUGGACCGUUGCCGCCUGAGGUGCCCCCGCGUGUCUCGCCGCAGAUGACCUCCCAGAACAGUUGUGAUGCUCAGGUGGAGGGCACAAAUACAUCCUUUGCUGAUUUCACGCAAUUUCCUCAGUCCUGCAAUGACUGUAAUGCGACUGGGAAGACGAGUGGGAGCAUUCCGCCACCACCACGUCCGACCAUCCCAUCACUUCAGUCAUCGCAGAGAGUGAGUGCUUUCGAAGUGUACCGGAAACCCGUGUCGCGCAACUCACAAUCACCGCCUCCAGUUCCGCCGCCCAUCAACACAGUCAACGUGGCCGAGGCGGAGAAGCGCCUGGCGCAGCUGACGGAGAGUCUGAGCAAGCUGGGCUUCGACCCGGAGCAAUUUGUCAACAGCAGCGUGGGCGAAGUGGUGGCGUAUCUGCGUGACCAGAACACGGCGCUGAAGCGUCUCUGUUCCGAUCUGAACACAGAGCUGCGGGAGGUGCAGCGCAGCCGGGAGGAGCUGAAGGUGCGACUGGAGAGGAAAGAGAAGAGAUCUGGUGGAUCCAGCAGUAGUUCGACUGGCGCGUCAAACUCUUCGCAUCAGACGAACGUCUAGAGGAAGCCGCCGCGAGUCAGGAGGAUCUAUAUUUAUUUUCUAGGCAGCUACACUGAAACCUCUCAAACACUUUUCAGCGAUUAGCGGGUCAAUUGCGAUGACCAGCCGAGGAUUAGCUUACAUCAAUAUUCCAAGGAUAUAAUCUUUCAGAGUAACUCAUGUCAUAAAGAAUUGCACUGAAAACAUGAGGGCUGGGCCUCUCACACACGCCCAGUCUGAUUAAUAAAAUAAUAAUAUCUUCUCAGAUAGCAAGAGUGAAUACAACACGCAGAAGAAAUUUACCUGAUAUUUCAAUAUUAUUUUAAAGAGAAAAAAAAAACAAGGAUAAAGAGUAGAUUUAAAA